GUGAUUAUUUCGACUUGAGUCAAUAAACCGGGAAGUCAUUGUGAUACUAUGAUAAAAGUUUGACCAAAGAACCAAAAAAAGGGGGUGAUUUUUCUCCUCCACCUGGCAGGAAGAGGGGCUUCGGUGGUAAACUGAAGGAGGUCCGUGUGGUCCAGCGUGUUUGUUUAAUCAGAUUGGCGAGUUCAACUGCAGAAAGGUGCGCUUCAUACCGGAAGUGGCCGUGCCUUACCUUUCCUCACCCACACCUGAGAGCUGAGAACUGAGGGCGAAACUGGGAGCAGAGCUUCCUGCUGUGUAGGCGACGCUCUCACCCUCACAGAGUCUGAGUGAAGCUGCUGCUCUGGAGCUUUUCUGAAGCCAUAAAGUCCAACUGAAACUGAAUGAUCUGCAUGCGACUCUUCUCGGAGGAUAGACGGAGCUGCUGAUCUCAUCUGGGCUGGUCUGUUGUUGUUGGAGGUUAUACUUGAGCCAAACUCACCGGAGACACCAUGAGCACUGCUGCUUAUGGUAGGAAUGGACACCAUGAGGCUGUUACCUUCCUGGGGAAUGACCAGAAGAAGGCAUCGAAGGGGAAGAAGACGGGGCUGGUGGUGGGAGUUGUGCUGGCUUUGCUGGUGCUGGCAGCUGUGGCUGGAGUUCUAAUAUGGCUGUUUGCUGUCAAACCCAAAAUGCAAGAGUCGGCGAAAGCCCCCACGCUGGAGGCACAGAAGAUCACCUCGACACGGGUGUUCAGUGGACAGAUGAAGCUGAUAGACGUCCCAUACGUCGCCGCAUAUGAGGACCCCAAGAGCUCUGAAUUCAAUGAAACAGCCACAGCACUGCAGGAGAUUCUGAAGCAGACUUUCUCCAAAGAUCCCUUCCUCUCCAAAUACUACAACACGUCUAUCAUCUCUGCCUUCAGUGAUGGAGUGUUUGCCUACCACUGGACGCGGUUUGUGGUUCCCCCGUCCGAAUUGGAGGUUCUCCCCAAGCUGACGGAGGAACGGGUGCUGGAUGUUCUCCGCAGAGGCAUCAGACAGGAAGGAAAACGCAGCAUGCAGCCCUUCACCAUCGCCGACAUCACCGCCUCAAUUACAGACCCACGGAUGGCCAUGAACCCCAGAACUCAGGACUGCUUCUUCCGUCUGGAGGCUGAUUCCACAGUGAGGAUCUUCCAGUCUCCUGGCCAUCCAGACAAAUACCCCCCUCACACCCGCUGCCAGUGGCAGAUCCGUGCCCCUAAAGACCAAGCUAUCUUGCUCAAGUUCCAGGUCUUCUAUGUGGAGGACGACUGCGCUAAUGACUACGUGUUUAUCUACAACUCGCUUAGUCCAGACGGGUCUCAAGCCAUCACACAGAAGUGUGGGCAGCGUCCACCUACUAACCCGCUGGAAGUGAUCUCCUCCAGCAACAUCAUGCUCCUCAACCUGAUAGCUGACGGUGAGGUCCAGAGGCCUGGAUUCUUGGCAAAUUACACUGCCAUCCCCAUCACCACAGCCCAGACAUGUGGAGGAGUUCUGACCAGUUUAAAUGGAACCAUCAGAUCUCCUCACUAUCCCAGCUUCUACCCUCCUUUAGUGGACUGCACCUGGACCAUAAAUGUUCCUGCAGGCAUGAACAUCCGCGUGAGGUUCACCAUGUUCCGAUUGAAAGAGCCUCAAGUGAACGUCCGCGUGUGCAACAAAGACUAUGUGGAGAUUCUGGGCACAAAGUAUUGUGGCGAGAGGUCUAUGCUGGCCCUGACCAGCCCAAACAACGCCUUGAAGGUCAACUUCCACUCUGAUAGGUCCUACACGGAUAAAGGCUUCAUGGCUGUUUACAGCGCAUACGACCCCAAAAACCCGUGUCCUGGUCAGUUUACCUGCACGACAGGGAUGUGUAUUUCUAAGGAGCUGCAGUGCGAUGGCUGGAACGACUGUGGAGACAUGAGCGAUGAGAGAAAAUGUCAAUGUGAGGAUGAUCACUUUUCUUGUGCUAAUGGUAUAUGCAAGCCCAAGUACUUUGUAUGCGAUCAGGUGGACGACUGUGGAGACAACAGUGACGAACAGCAGUGCAGCUGUAAUAAGAAUCAGCUGAGGUGUGGUGAUGGGACGUGUUUACCUAAGACUGUAAGCUGUGAUGGAAAGAGGGACUGCGCAGAUGGGAGUGAUGAGGCAUCCUGUAAAGAGUCUCCAGGAAUCUGCACAGCCUUCACCUUCUCCUGUAAGAGCGGAGACUGUGUGAACAAAAUCAAUGCUGAGUGUGAUAAAGUCAGUGACUGUGCAGACGGCUCUGAUGAGGACGGCUGUGAUUGUGGGGAGCGGCCCUAUAAACACAACCGUAUUGUUGGCGGGCAGAACGCUGAUGUUGGAGAAUGGCCGUGGCAGGUCAGUCUCCACUACAUGACCAAUGGACAUACGUGUGGGGCCUCCAUCAUCUCCAACAAAUGGCUGCUGUCCGCCGCCCACUGUUUCGCCAGUACAGAACCUUCAUACCAUGAUGCAUCCAGCUGGCUGACGUAUAGCGGGAUGCAGGACCAGGAGAGGGAAGACAGUAAUGUUCAGACGAGGGCGGUGAAGACCAUCAUCACACACCAGGACUACAACCAAAUGACCCAGGAUAACGACAUCGCUCUGCUGGAGCUGAAGGAGCCACUGGUUUUCUCCAACACCAUUCACCCCGUCUGCCUGCCGGCCAGCUCACAUGUUUUCCCUGCUGGAAUGCCCUGCUGGGUCACUGGCUGGGGGGCUCUGAGAGAGGGAGGACAAGCUUCACGUCUUUUGCAGAAAGCAGAGGUGAAAAUCAUUAAUGACACUGUGUGUGAUGAAGUAACGGAGGGUCAGGUGACCUCGCGCAUGCUGUGCAGUGGAUUCCUUGCUGGAGGAGUGGACGCAUGUCAGGGUGACUCCGGUGGUCCUCUGGUUUGCCUUUCAGAGACCAAUAUUUGGUUCCAGUGUGGUAUAGUGAGUUGGGGAGAGGGCUGUGCAAGAAGAAACAAGCCGGGAGUUUACACUCGCUUAACCAAGUUCAGAGACUGGAUCCGCAAGCGCUCAGGAGUAUAGCAGCUUCAGGAGCUGCAGGACCACAGCCAGUGUUUAUGUGGGCAUCCAGAUAUGUACCAACACAUCUUCCGACGCUGUGGUCUCAAAUCUACAAUGCUCAGGCUGAGCGUUUUAAAAUGACUUGAAUGAAUAUCUCAGUUCAGGUUCCUUGUUGUGAAAACGUUUGCAAUUUUCUCACAGCAUCUUUUUAGCACUGUUUAUAUAUAAACCGAUUAAACUGACUUCUGGACAUUUUUUAAAUUUUAUUUCAGGGUUGUCUUUCCUUCAGAUGGUGGCUACAGAUGCUUUCUUUCAAUUUUUGUGUAAAAAUGUUCUAUUUGAGCAGGAAUCACGAAUAUCGCUGCUGUCAGAACAAAACCUAGUAUCUCCAAAAUGGUAACUUUAUAGGAGAAGGAAAAAACCUACUUUACUUUUAAUGUAAGUCAAUGGA